AUGGCGCGUCGCAAACCAAAAGGCACGCGCCAGUCUGCGGUAGCUAAGCAAAAGUUCUCGAGCGCCGAGAGAUCAUCUCUGUACGCGUCAAGGGAAGCAGCCAAGGUCCUCCGCACCGUCCUCCGAGGAGACGCCGACCGUCGCGCCGCCACUUCGAUAAAGUCGCUCGUCUUCAGCCAUUCCGUCCGCAACAAACGCGCCACCUUCGCUCUCGUCUGCCAGACCCUCAAACAUCUUGAUGUAAUAAAACAAGUUCUUGAGAUAGCUGACGUGUUGAAUAGCAAAUGGAAGAGACAAGAGCCAUUGGUCUACAUAAUUUGCUAUGACAUCCUUUUCGGAAAGGAUCCUCUGUUGAUUGGUGAUGCUGAGAAGUUUCUCAUGAGACGUAAAGAUGCUUUUGUGUCAAGUCUAGCCACGCUUUUAGUGAGGAAGAAAGUUGAAACUGUUGAUGAGUUGUUGGGUCUUUCUCAGCCUAAUGUUCCGUUGAAACCAAGGUAUGUUCGUGUAAAUACACUCAAGAUGGAUGUAGAUUCAGCAGUGCAGGAGCUGGGGAAACUGUAUAAGGUGCAGAAAGAUGAGACAGUUCCUGACCUAUUGGUAAUGCCCCCUGGCAGCGAUUUGCAUGCUCAUCAUUUGGUCAAGAAUGGACGUAUAUUUUUGCAGGGAAAGGGAAGUGCAAUGGUAGCAGCAGCACUGCAGCCAGAACCAAGUUGGGAGGUUAUUGAUGCAUGUUCAGCUCCAGGAAACAAAACUAUAAAUCUUGCUGCACUUAUGAAAGGACAAGGGAAAAUCAUAGCGUGUGAGCUAAAUGAAGAACGUGUAAAGCGUUUGGAACAGACUAUUAAGCUCUCUGGUGCUACCAAUAUUGAAGUCGUUCAUGGUGAUUUCUUGGGACUAAAUCCAGAAGAUCCUUCUUUUGCAAAGGUUCGAGCUAUAUUAUUGGAUCCUUCUUGCUCUGGCUCUGGAACCAUAUCAGAUCGUUUGGACCAUCUUCUCCCUUCUCACUCAGCAGUCUAUGACUCCAUAAGACUCCACAAACUCGCUGUUUUCCAGAAGAAGGCUCUUGCUCAUGCACUCUCCUUUCCACAAGUUGAGAGAGUAGUAUACAGCACAUGCUCCAUCCACCAGAUAGAAAACGAAGAUGUGGUCUCCUCUGUUUUACCUUUAGCUUCAUCCUUGGGCUUUGAACUCGCUACUCCUUUCCCUCAAUGGCAACGUCGUGGUCUCCCUGUAUGCGAGGGAUCUGAACAUUUACUAAGGAUGGAUCCAGAGGAGGACAAAGAAGGGUUCUUCAUCGCUUUGUUCACCAAGACAAACAAACUCGAUGACUUGGAAUCUUCUGAAGUUUCUGAAAGAGAGUGUAGAAGGAGACGCAAACAGUGUCAUCCGUUUCUUUGGCCUAAAGUGUUCUUUAGAGCUUGGAAUGGACAGAUGAGGUAA